UUAGGGGAGGAUAAUGCCAAAGUGCCAAAAAUAUCCGAAACGCCUAAAAUUUGUGGUCAUUGAACUCCUGUAAGCAAAGCCGAUAGAAGUCUCUACUUGAAUAUUUAAUAUAACCGUAUCCAAUUUCUCUCCAUCUCUCUCCAAACAGCUAUUUUUGGUAAGCAAAUGCCCUUUUCUCUGUCUUUACGUUUUUAUGUUCUUUCAAGGACAAAGCAACGAACAGCAGUUAUGCAAAAAGUGACCCAUCUCUGAUUACUUGCUCAUGAUCAUCGUCUUCUUGGUAAUAACUCUUUCAUGGCUGUUUUAAUACUCUGCUCAACGACUGCUUGCUGCAAUAGUCUCAGUUACAGUUGCAUUUUAGUUGAUAGUAAAGUUUCUGCUUUUAGCCAUAAAAAUGUCUACUUUGGAGGUAGAAAGAAUGGAAAUUUGGAGGUUUUGCCAUAUGGUUGUAUGGUGAGUUGGAAGAAACGUAGAAAACAACGAUUGGGUUUCUAUGUGAUGAAAAAUUCAUGUGAAAUGGUGGUGGCAAAUGGAAAAUGCAAAAAUAGUUUGUCUUCUGAGGAAGUUUUGAGGGUUCUCAAGUCGUUUCCAGACCCAAAAUCUGCUCUUUCUUAUUUUAAGUCAGUUGCAGAGUUGCCCAAUGUUGUUCAUACCACUGAAACUUGUAAUCAUAUGCUUGAAGUCUUGAGAGUUCACAGAAUGGUGGGGGAUAUGUCUUUUGUGUUUGAAUUUAUGCAAAAGCAAAUCAUCAAGAGGGACUUGAAUACAUAUUUGACUGUUUUUAAGGGUCUUGAUAUCAGAGGUGGUCUUCGGCAAGCACCAUUUGGACUUGAGAGAAUGAGAAAUGCUGGGUUCGUUCUGAAUGCAUAUUCAUAUAAUGGGUUGAUCCAUUUGCUACUUCAAUCUGGGUUUUCGAGGGAGGCUCUGGAGUUGUAUAGAAUAAUGGUCUCUGAAGGUCUAAAGCCUAGUCUUAAGACUUAUUCAGCUCUCAUGGUAGCGUCUGGGAAGAGAAGGGAUAUUGGAACAGUUAUGGAUUUGCUAGAAGAAAUGGAGACUCUGGGAUUGAAGCCAAACAUUUACACUUUUACAAUAUGCAUUAGAGUGCUUGGUAGGGCUGGGAAAAUCAACGAGGCAUUUGGGAUCUUGAAGAGAAUGGAUGAUCUGGGGUGUGGGCCUGAUGUUGUUACUUAUACUGUUCUAAUUGAUGCUCUUUGUAAUGCUGGCAGACUUGAUCAAGCCAAGGAAAUAUACUUAAAGAUGAAAGCUAGCAGCCAUAAACCUGACAGAAUAACCUACAUUACUUUGUUGGACAAGUUUAGUGGCUGUGGAGACUUAGACUUAGUUAAAGAAUUUUGGAACGAAAUGGAAGCUGAUGGUUAUGCUGCUGACGUGGUUACAUUCACCAUACUGAUUGAAGCUUUCUGCAAAGUUGGAAAUUUAGAUGAAGCUUUUGAUAUGUUGGAGGUCAUGAGAAAUCAAGGGAUCUUGCCUAAUCUUCACACGUACAACACAUUAAUUUGUGGACUAUUGAGGGUAAACAGGGUUGAUGAGGCAUUUGAACUUUUUACUAAUUUGGAAUCUUUAGGCAUUAAACCUACUGCUUAUACAUACAUCCUUUUCAUUAACUAUUAUGGAAAGUCUGGUGACCAUGGCAAAGCUCUUGAGACCUUUGAGAAGAUGAAGGCUAGAGGAAUUGUUCCUAAUGUUAUUGCUUGCAAUGCAUCUUUGUAUAGUCUGGCUGAAGCAGGAAGGCUUGGUGAAGCAAAAGCUAUUUUUAAUGGGCUUAAAAGUAGCAGGCUUGCUCCUGAUUCUGUGACCUAUAACAUGAUGAUGAAGUGCUUUAGUAAAGUUGGGCAAAUAGAUGAAGCCAUUAAGUUACUGUCUGAGAUGCUGGAAAAUCAGUGUGAUCCUGAUGUGAUUAUCAUUAAUUCUUUGAUUGACAUGCUUUUCAAGGCUGGCCGUGUAGAUGAGGCAUGGGAAAUGUUUUACAGAAUGAAGGACAUGAAGCUUUCUCCUUCUGUUGUGACCUACAACACAUUAAUAGCUGGGUUAGGGAAAGAGGGUCAAGUCCAAAAGGCAAUUGAAUUGUUUGGGAGUAUGACCAGGCAUGGGUGUUCUCCUAACACAAUAACUUUCAACACCCUCUUGGAUUGCCUUUGCAAGAAUGAUGAGGUUGAUUUGGCUUUGAAAAUGCUAUAUAAAAUGAUGACAAGGAAUUGUAGUCCUGAUGUUCGGACUUACAACACUAUCAUUUAUGGCCUUAUUAAAGAAAACAGAGUUAAGGAUGCAAUUUGGGUCUUCCAUCAGAUGAAAAAGGUGCUUUACCCUGACUAUGUGACUUUGUGCACCCUUCUUCCUGGUGUUGUAAAGGAUGGGCAGAUUAUGGAUGCGUUCAAGAUUGCUCAGGACUUCGUUUAUCAGGAUGGGAUUGAUACGGACAGAUCAUUUUGGGAAGAUUUAAUGGGUGGGAUUUUGAUGGAAGCUGGAAUGGAUAAAGCAGUUCUAUUUGCUGAGACAUUGGCAAGCAAUAAGAUCUGUAAGGAUGACUCUAUUUUGGUACCUCUGAUUAGAAGUUUGUGUAGGCAUAAGAAAGCUGUUCUUGCAAGAGAUUUAUUUGCUAAGUUCACCAAAAAUAUGGGGGUUAUCCCAACACCAGGAGCAUAUAAUUUGUUAAUUGAUGGGCUACUUGAAGUCCAUAUCACUGAAAUGGCUUGGGACCUUUUUGAGGAGAUGAAGAGCAUUGGUUGUUCUCCGGAUGUUUCUACCUAUAACUUGUUGUUUGAUGCUUGCGGGAAGUCUGGGAGUAUUGAUAAACUCUUUGAAGUGUAUGAAGAGAUGAUUUGUCGUGGAUGCAAGCCUAAUACUAUAACUCAGAAUAUAGUCCUGUGUGGUCUUGUGAAAUCGAACAACAUAGACAAGGCUAUGAAUAUGUAUUAUGAUCUCAUAAGUGGUGAUUUCUCCCCAACUCCUUGUACAUAUGGGCCUCUUAUAGAUGGACUUCUGAAAUUGGGUAGACUUGAGGAAGCAACGCAAUUGUUUGAGGAGAUGGUAGACUACGGAUGCAAAGCUAACUGUGCUAUUUAUAAUAUUCUUAUAAAUGGAUAUGGAAAAACAGGUGAUGUGGAUGCCGCUUGUGAGUUAUUUAAAAGAAUGGUUAAGGAGGGGAUAAGACCAGACUUGAAGUCAUACACCAUUCUCGUAGAUUGCCUCUGCUUGGUGGAAAGAGUAGAUGAUGCUAUGCACUAUUUUGAGGAACUGAAGUUAACUGGCCUUGAUCCUGACUUGGUAUCUUAUAACCUUAUGAUUAAUGGGCUUGGAAGGUCAGGUAGGGUAGAGGAAGCUCUCUCCCUUUUUGACGAAAUGCGGAGUAGGGGUAUAAGUCCUGAUCUUUACACUUACAAUUCCCUAAUACUCAAUCUGGGGACUGUUGGAAUGGUGGAGCAAGCAGGGAAGUUUUACGAAGAACUACAAUUAAUGGGUCUUGAGCCCAAUGUAUACACCUAUAAUGCUCUAAUUCGAGGGUACAGUGUAUCUGGAAACCCUGACCAUGCCUAUGCAGUCUACAAACAGAUGAUGGUUGGGGGCUGCAGCCCAAACAGGGGAACAUUUGCACAGCUUCCUAAUCAAUCUUGAAAGUUGAAAUGUCUAGAUGCUUAUAUGCUAAUGUUAUACAUGGCUGCUGAUCUCUGCAUACAAGGUGUAGUGGGCUUGGUUAGUCUUGCUGAUGAUUGCCUAAUGACAACCCCACUAUUAGCUUCAAUUUUGUAAUAAAUUGAUGAUGAUUUUGCUCAUCCUGGCUAUGGAUGUGCCAGCAUUUUAGCAGUUAAGAUUGUGGAAUUUAUGUUAGCUGGGGCAGCUUCAGCUGUGCUUGAUGCUUCCAUUCAAGUUGCAAGUCAGGUGCAUUUGAAGGUUAUAUGCUAUUGUCCAUGAGACUCUGAAUAUUCCAUGUACAUCGUGUAUGUAAGAUUUUGUAAUGUAAUACAAUGAUUUCAUCAGGUGUAGAUGCCUUUGGCCUACAUUGUCCUUCGAUGUAAAAAGAGAAGAAAAGUCUAGAUCAUACUGUUAUUUGUCAAAUAUGUAUAUGAAAAAUAUUAUUAUCAAUAAAUUCUCUUGGGCUUUUUGAUGCAUCUAUCUUGCGAAGUUCACUUUCAUGUAUUAAAAUCUAGUGAAGGGGUUUCUAAGUCUGCGACUUCCAGCUACCCUCCUUUGUAUCUAGAGAGCUAUAGAAGAUAUGGGGUUUCAGAGUCAUUCAGUUCAAACGCAACUUCCUCUAUGAUUGCUGCAAGCUGCAGGCAUUGGACGACUCACCAGAUGCCUUGUUUCUUGGUAUCGUUCUUUCUGUCCCUCGACAAAGUAAAACCCAUUAUUUGCUAACUUACCAGGGACAAUGGAAUGUUAUUCUAGUAAGAAAAGAUUUAAGGUGUUGGCUUUAUCUGUUAAGGUCCCUAAUUUAAGAAAAUUUUUUUCCAUUGAAUGCAAACACUUGUGUUUUCAUCCUGGUACGGAGUUUUUGUUAAAGUGAAACACAUGCCGAAUUUCUCUGAAUCCCUCGGAGAAAAUGGAAACAUUCUUGCCCGGGACGCGGGAGCAGGAGAUUGGAUGACUGGAACAUGGCAUUACAAAAGUCAAAAGUCAUAGUCCAAUAUAAAGGGGUGUAACAAUUUGGUAAUUAUUGCAGGUUUCAAGGCCAAGAGCAAGGAGGAUAUAUUGGUAAAUUUAAAGGGGAAGCUGUAGCUGUUGCCUAUCCAACAACAACACAACACACCACCAUUUUAAGCCAUGUGAAGGUUCUGUCUUUGGCAACAACUGCAACCCCAUCAAUACAAACAGUAGCCAUUUAUCUCCUCCCUUUUCUGCUUCGAUACCCAAAAAUCCUCCAAAAACAAAAAUCUUUCUCUGUCUAAAAUGGCCCAGCUUUGGGCCAAAAUUUAUGUACAGCACAAGAGAACAACAAAAACCAACACAAAAUCCACCCUCACCCUUCUCACAAAUAAAAAUAAAAAGGGGAAUAAAAAGGAAACAUGGAAAGCAAAGCUAAGACAGAUAGAGAGAUGGAAAGAUGGAUAGGUGGAUAGAUAUGUCUUCAAUUGUCCUCCAACCACAGAGCUCCCUCUCUAAAACAAAAAAAAAAAAACUUAAUUUCCCACAUUUACCCUUUUCUUCUCUGUAUCCCAUCUUUCAUCACUCGGUUCAACUCAAACUCUUUCCCCGUUCUUCAUGGGCCUUUUCGGGUUCUCACAUUCUCCAACCAGUUUCAGGGAAAGAGAAUACCAGAUACACCACAACUUUCUCUUUCCUCCUCUCCUUAUAAUUAUUACCUUUUUCUGUUUUUCUUCCUUUCUCGGCCCCUUUUUUCUUUCUCUAGAUUCCCAAUUCGUAUCUCCCAUAUCUGGCUCAAUUCUGGAUUAUUUUGGGUCUUUGCUUUGUCUCCAAGUUUUGGUUUUGGUGCUGUCAAGAAGCCAAUAAAAACAAGGGCUAUUUUGGGUUCUCGGAUUUUUUUUUUAAUCUUUUCUUCUCCUAAUUGGAAUUGGAGAUUGUUUUCUGGAUUAUGUAUUUUGGGGAAGAAGAUGAUUUUUUUGCAAAGGUAGAGCCUCCUCUUAGUUUUAUGCAAAAUUUCUGAUAAGUUUUUAUUAUUGGUGUCUCUCAAUUUUGAUAGUUAAGAUGAAAAGGGCUUCUCUCAAUUCUCGUCAGCAAUACAACUCAGUUGCUGAGGAAGAUAAGGCUAGAUUGAAGCAUCAAAACCUGCUGCAGGAGUUCUUGGAAUUGCAAAAGGAAUUUGUUUCGAAGAAGAAGAAGUUGCAGACGGUGAACCAGAAGCGAGAAACCCUUUUGGCUGAAGUUCGAUUCUUAAGACAGAGGUACAGCUAUUUAUCAAUGAUCAAGUCUCAAGAAAAUGAACUACCGCAAGAUUCUGUUCAAUCACAAAAUCCAUACGUGCAAAGCGAAAUGAUUGCUAAGGAUUAUGGCAUCAAAGAAGCUGUUGAGAAGAAACCAUGUUCUCUUCCAAACUUGGACCCGAACAUGGUUCAUGAAGAAGGGGAUGGGAGAAGUCAAGUAGAUGUUCAAGCAUCAUUGAGAAAGGAGAAGCGUGAAAACUGUUUGAUUAAUGGCAAAAGAGUUGGGAAGAAGAAAAUUUCAUGGCAAGAUCAGGUGGCUUUGAAGGUCUAAAGCAUAAUAAGUAAUCUCUUCGUACACAGUUUAGCAGUUAACUGAGGUGGGGGGAUGGGACUUAACUGUCUCCAUGAAGAACGUUUCAUUGACAUUGCUGCAGAUUAGUAUUAUCUUUGUCUUACACUUCUUUAUUCAGUAUAAACUGUAAAUCGGGGCAAAUUUGCCCAUUUUAGCAUAUAUGAAUAUAGUGAAUCAUUGCUCACU